AUGUCGACCACAAAGCCAGAAAAACGAUCAUCUUUACCUCCGCUUGUCAUCAGGUGUCCUGAUCCGACACAAAUACGCUAUCAAGUCGACGAGUUUAAACAGUCGAAGAUGAAAUCAAUCCCUUAUGAAAAGCUAAAUUUUUCAAUAUAUAAGCAAUCAGCCAAUAUGGUUGCUCUCUGUACGUGUGAAGAACGAAUUCUCUCGUGGAUUAGAGCAUUAUAUUUUCGUUAUUUUCUCGGCCUUGAAAAUAGUGACAUAAUCAAAACACGCUGGGAAGAACAAGAAUGCGACGACGAAGCGUCUAAGUGCGUGAAAAUUAUUCUAAACCUCUCAUUCAGAAAGAAAUCAAUUCACGAGAACUUAGUGACAAUCACCAUCUACACAACCCUUGGCAGAAUUCAUGUGCAAGGGAACGGACGUUUCUUACAAGAAUGGGGCAACAAAGAAUUUAAGUCAUUGCUAACAAUGAUUAAUGCCACCGACAAUAUUGAUCAAUGCAACUCGACACAUAACCUUCAAAAUUACAUCGAUGAUAUGAUGAAUCUAAAGGACAUUGUGAAAUUAUCCGACUUGUCAACCGAAACUAAUUAUGUCUCUUCAAACAAUACCAUUAAUGUAGAAGUAAACAAGAUACCAGCAACACCGAAACAACCAGCAAUACUAACAGAACCAGUAAACCAAGCAGAAAGUCCACGUGAGAAAACAUUUUCAUUUGUAAAGUCAAAUUUAGCUCAUCUUGAAUCAGACUUUAUUGACUUUAAACAAACAAUGUCAAAGUCACUUGAACAGAAGAAUGAAGAAUUAAAAAUAUUGCAAGAUAAACUCAUUAUGAUGGAAUCUAAGGAAACAAACAUGCAACAAAUUAUUGGUGACUUAACCCUGAAGCAAUAUGCCCAAGACGAAGAAAUAAAAAAACUCAAAUCACACACAAAGAAUCAACAACAUGAAUAUCGAAACCUGCAGAAAAAACUGAACAACCUAUCAGAAAGAAUAAAAACAAAUGAUCCAUCAACUAGUACAGAAUUAACCAGCCUAUCCCCUCCCUGA